UCGUUUUCUAACUUGCGCUCCGAGCGAAAGAGCAAAGAGUCGAAAUCUUUUGUCUCUGGUAGUACGAUCGCUGCGACAUCUGCAGAUGGGCAGAGUUCUAAGGAAACUUCAGAGAUGUCUACAGAGCUGGUAAAGAAGGUUGCUGAGAUACAAUCUGAACCAUUAUACGCUGCAUUGCCAUCUUUCCUCGAUAUCCGUACUUCUUCUACUGAUGGGCGCGGGAUCUGGGCGAGAGAAGCCCUGUCUGCCGGCGCCACACUGAUGGCCUUGAAACCACACGUCCAUGUACUAUCAACUCGAAACUUGGAGCUGUACUGCUCUGCUUGCACAUCUCCUGCGCCGGUAACAGGACUCAAGCGCUGUACUCGGUGUCGGGUCAUUUGGUACUGCAGCACAGCUUGUCAGAACAAUGACUGGACAAUGCAUAAGCCGGAAUGUGCAGCCAUACAACGAUGGGCUGCUAACGCUCCUUCGCCCGACGUGUCCAUCCCUGCCGAACCCAUCCGGUGCCUUGGUCGGUUACUCUGGAGGAAGCAGAAAUUGCGCUCUUCAAGUACCUGGGCUAAGGAGGUCGAUGGCUUGCAAUCUCAUAGGAAGGACCUACAACCGUCUACCUACGAAUCACACACCCAUCUUGCCCAUGCGGUGGUGAAAUACCUAGGACUCGAUGCUCCCGGACAACUCGGGGCAUACGGCAUUACCACUGCGGCCGAUCUCGUCGACCUCAUUUCGCGGUUUAUCACGAACUCAAUCACCUUGACUGCACCAUCGUUGACACCUCUGGGCGUCUCAGUUUCUCCCUUAGUAGCUUUGAUCAAUCACUCUUGCGAUCCAAACGCUGUCGUGGUCUACCCGAGAUCCACCUCCGACCCAUCCCAGCAAGAGCCGCAGAUGCAGGUCGUCGCUAUCAAGAAUAUUGCCCCGGAUCAGGAGAUUUUCACCGCGUAUAUCGACACGACGAUGCCGCGAGGCCACAGGCAAGCGGCUUUGACUACCACUUACAACUUCACCUGUAAGUGUAGUUUAUGCUCACAACCUGACGGGAUGGAUCUUCGCGAAGCUAUUUGGUGCCCCAAAAAUUGCGGCGGAACAUGCCCUCUACCCACCGAAGAAAAUACUCUCAGUCGCUGCGGGAAGUGCAAGGCUAUUGUAUCUUCCACAGAUUCCGUGCUCGACGCAUUGCGAGUCGGUCAGGAGGCUCUUCAAAAGGCAACAUCACUUCAACUAACUGAAACUGCCAAGGCUCUCCAGCUUACUACGAACAUUAUUCCUAUCCUCACCUCCUCUAAACUGACGCCCUCUUCUCAUCCUCUUCUGGCUCUCACCCGUCUGCACCAAACUCUUCUGCUCGCAACUCUCCCAUCGACGAUGACUCAAGAAGCACUGGACAAUCUCAUCCUUGCAACGUCAUCCACGGUCGCAGGUCUUUCAACCAUCCUUACACCGGGGCAUCCUAUCCGCGCUCUCGCCAUCGCUGAAUUGGGCAAACUCCUCGCAGUCGAUGAGCCCUCCCCCGCGCCGGAUGCAAAUAACCGAAAGUUCCCUCCAAGUGGUCCUGCUCGGCUAAAGGCCGCACACGAUACGCUCGUUCGAGCGAGAAGCGAGCUGAAGGUCGGAUUCGGGGCAAGGAAUGACGGUGGGGAGGUCGGGAGGGAGGUCAGAGAAAUGGUGGUAAGGCUUGAGAAAGAGCUUCAAGUUUGGAAACAGGGUGUCAAAAAUGUCAUGGAAGACACUCCAGGCCUCAAAAAGCGGGGUAGCGGUGGCUCCAAGUAGGCUACAGUGCUAAGUGUGUAGAGGGUUGAUUCUCUCGGAUUCAAACUGAGGGGCGAUCUUGAC